GGGAUGUCGGAGGGAGUCAGGGCACCCAGGCAGAGGAAGGGGCGGCGCCCCGCGUGCCUCAGGAGGAGGGCAUGGUGUCUGCAGAAGGGGGAGUCAACAGACAAACAAAUGUCGGGAUUGGUGACGAUUUGAUGACGCAGGAGGCGUGGCCUGUCCAGGAGAAGAACGACAGUACAACAGCGAGCGAAUCGGAAACCAAAGAGCAGGAGACCCCGCAGGGGCAGACACAAGAGAAGCUUCCGCCGGAGCCCGUCGCAGAGCACACCAGCCCAGAGAUGGGCGUCCCCCACCUGGAGGGCAGCCAGGAGUCUGGACUGACCAUUAAUGAGGCCGGCGAGGAGGAGGAGGAGGGGGAGGAUGAGAACGAAUCUGAGAGCAAUGACGAGGAAGACAUGCCCUCAACGCCACGGCAACUGCGAGCCUCCAACUACGCCGACCGCAAUGAGACGCGGCAGUACAGCGCCACCACACACGUGUGCGAGUACUGCAAUAAAGAAUUCACCCACACGGGCAACUACACCCGCCACAUCCGCAUUCAUACCGGCGAGAAGCCCUACCGAUGCCAGGAGUGUGACAAAGCUUUCUCUGACCCCGCCGCCUGCAAAGCCCAUGAGAAAACACACAGCCCUCUGAAACCUCACGGCUGCGAUGACUGCGGGAAAAGUUACCGGCUGGUGAGCCUGCUGAAUCUACACAAGAAGCGGCACUCGGGCGAGCCCACCUACUACUGCAAGGUGUGCGGGAAACUCUUCACCACGUCCGGCAACCUGAAGAGGCACCAACUGGUCCACAGCGGGGAAAAACCCUACCAGUGCGAAUACUGCAACCGCCCCUUCUCUGACCCCACCUCCAAGAUGCGUCACCUGGAGACCCACGACACCAACAAGGAGCACAAGUGCCCGCACUGCGACAAAAAGUUCAACCAGCUGGGGAACCUGAAAGCUCACCUGAAGAUCCACAUCGCUGACGGACCUCUGAAGUGCCGGGAGUGUGGGAAGCAGUUCACCACCUCAGGAAACUUAAAGAGACAUCUGCGCAUUCACAGUGGGGAGAAACCUUAUGUGUGCGUCCAUUGCAAGAGGAAGUUCGCUGACCCCGGCGCACUACAGAGACACGUCCGAACACACACCGGAGAGAAGCCGUGUCUGUGUGUGAUAUGUGGGAAGGCGUUCACCCAGGCCAGCUCACUCAUCGCUCAUGUCCGGCAGCACACGGGGGAGAAGCCGUACGUCUGUGAGCGCUGUGGCAAGAGGUUCGUUCAGUCCAGUCAGCUGGCCAAUCACAUCCGUCACCAUGACAACAUCCGGCCGCACAAAUGUAAGGUCUGUAACAAGGCCUUCGUCAAUGUGGGCGACCUGACCAAACACGUCAUCAUUCACACAGGGGAGAAGCCGUAUCUCUGUGACAAGUGCGGUCGCGGUUUCAAUCGCGUGGACAACCUUCGAUCGCACGUGAAGACCGUCCACAAGGGGAAGGCCGGCAUGAAGAUGAUGGACCACGAGGAGGAGGAGGGCGAGGUGGACGAUGACGAGGAAGAGGUCAACAUUGUGACUGUGGCCCCGGAGGAGAUGGUAACCUUGGCAACGGGAGAUAUCGCCAAUGCUGGGGUCACCGAGCUGACGGUUGUUCCGAUCUCGGCCUCGGUGACGGCGGAUGAGACGGAGGCCCUUAAAGCCGAGAUCAGCAAAGCGGUGAAGCAGGUGCAGGAAGCAGACCCGAACACACAGAUCCUGUACGCCUGCGACUCGUGCGGGGACAAGUUUCUGGACGCCAACAGCCUGGCAGAACACGUGCGGAUGCACACGGCGCAGGCGCUGGUCAUGUUCCAGUCGGACACGGACAUUUAUCAGCAGUACAAUGCGCAGACCACGUGGCACACGGAACACGUGGUCCAGUCCGGCGACCUUCUCUUCCGCCAGCGGGACGGCACAGAAGUGCAGCCGCAGCCCAUGGAUUGUCAGAGUCCGGGGGAGUAAGGGCACUUCGGGGGAUGGA